AUGACCAAAGGAAUUGUCCGCCUCCUCAAAAAGUCAAAGCCCGACGCUGACUACUCGGACCUCAAGUACUACCGCCCGAUCACGCUUCGCGAGUGCUCGUACAAGUUGAUGACCAAGGUCCUCGUAGCAAGGCUGAACAAAGUGCUGCCAUCCGUUCUUCCCCUUUCACAACAUGGUUUCAUGCCUGGUCGAAAGGCCUCAGACGCGGGAAGUCACUUGUCCCUGCUCCUUGAACAAAUUCGAUCCCUUGACCUUGCUGACUCGGCUCUCCUAUCGCUUGAUCAGGAAAGCGCAUAUGACCUAGUUGAUCAUGACUGGAUCAUGAGCGUCUUUCGAGCGAUGGGAGCGCCAGAACGUUUCCUUGGCCUUCUCAACGUUAUCUACAGAUCGGUGUCACUUCGUUACAUCAUCAAUGGAUACCUCACGGAGGCUGUGCGCAUGCUGUGCGGGCUGGGGCAAGGAGAUCCCGUGAGUUGUCCCAUCUGGAACGUGUGCUUUCAGCCCUACCUCGAUGCCCUAGUGA